AUCACAGAGUUGAUUCAGCACCUUGCUAAUAGCGCACACAUUAACUGCAGCACAGAUCAGAGGAGGAGUGCAGUAAUGAGAGGGAGCCCGCCGUUUAUUGCUUCUGAGUGUGUGUGUGUGUGUGUGUGUGUGUGUGGAUGUCUGUGUUGAGCAAAUCUGUGCAUGGUGCGUCUAGUGUGCUUUUGUGAGAGAAAGAGAGAACAGAGGCAGAGGGAGGGAGAGAAAAAAGGGAGAGAGAGGACGUGUGUUGGUGAAAGCUGGGAGGAAAGGAUGGCUGCUCAUGUUUGAACUGCCUCAUAUGCUCAAAGGAAGAGUCAAGGCAAAGAUUCAGCAGGGAAACAGACGUCUCACUGGGGGACGCAUCUUGCUCAUCAUUUGUGGGGAAGCAGAGAAGAUUUGGCAAUGCCCGCUGAAGUAAAAGAGGAGCAGAGCUCAGAGGGGCCUCCUCCACUAUCUUUUUCCCAGGAGGCCAAAGAGGCGACUCUGGAUAACCCGUCAGCCAAUGACGAGCUGGACACGCCCACUUCCAUCGCCUCCGUGGUGACAUCGACCAAUGAGAGCUCCACGGAGACCGACACCCCGCAGCAGACAGACACUGAGGAGUCCAAAGCUGUGGAACAAGAUGGUGAACAGGCUUCAAAUGAAGCCCAAUCCCCAGGGACACAGCAGGAGGACCCCCAGACACCAGACACACCUGAUCUCAUAUUGACUCCAGAGGUUCAAGAUGACACUCCUGUUGGGCCCCCAACUCCUGAAGCCCCCCCUGAGUAUGUCACACCACAGCCGCCUCCGCCAGUGGUGGUGCAGCAGCCUGAAGAGCCUCAGCCGGUGAACCCCGACAGGCAGAGCAGAGUGUACACCCUCCCUGACAGCUACAGGGGGGAGUUAUGUCCGGGGUAUGGGAGCCUGUCCCGGGCCACCCUCCAUGGCUACUGGCCCGCCAAGAACUUUCAGACGGGGGCUCACUGCACGCUGCCCUUCCUCCGGGACAGCUACGCUCCGGCAGCUCUCAGCAGCCAGGCGGAGGAGGAAGGGGGAGAAAACCCUCUGGACCUGAAGGCUGAACACCCGGCUUCCAGUUACCCAACACUGGCGGGGGUCCACCAGUUCAGGCCAAUCACCACCAUGGAGCUACUCAGAGAACCCUCCAGAACCAGAGGCGGUUAUGAUGAUGCCUUCAUGGCCCAGCUGGAGGGGAACCUGAAUCCUUUCUUCCAGGCCAUGUGCCGGGCUCAGACCCUGCAGUUCCCCCACAAACGCAGCAGCAUGGUGAGCCUGGACAGCCUCCGCAGAGACCCCCGCUGGAGAGACCCCAACCUGCUUGAGGUCAUCUCCAUGCUCGGCCACCCGAUGGACCCGGUCAAGUCCAAUGCUGCCGCCUAUUUACAGCACCUGUGUUACGAGAAUGACCGCAUCAAACAGGAGGUUCGCCAGCUUAACGGGGUCCCGUGCUUAGUGGAAUUACUGGACCACCCCAAGCCUGAAGUCCACCGCAAGGCCUGUGGUGCUCUGCGUAACAUAUCCUAUGGAAAAGACCACAACAACAAAAUGGCCAUCAAGAACUGCGAUGGCAUCCCAGCUUUAGUCCGACUAAUGAGGAGGACGAGCAGCGUGGAGGUCAAAGAGUUGGUCACAGGCACACUGUGGAACCUCUCCUCUCACGAGCCCCUGAAGAUGAUGGUAAUCAACAACGGGCUUCAAACACUGACGGAUGAAAUCAUCAUCCCGCACUCAGGCUGGAGGAGAGACGCAGCCGACCCCUCCAAACUGCUGAGUGCUGAGUGGACCACCGUCUUCAAGAACACCUCCGGAUGUCUGAGGAACGUCAGCUCGGACGGAGCGGAGGCUCGACAGAGGUUGAGGGAGUGUGAGGGGCUGGUGGACGCACUGCUUCAUGCCCUUCAGUCAGCUGUUGUCAACAAGGACACUGACAAUAAGUCGGUGGAGAACUGCGUGUGCAUCCUGCGAAACCUGUCUUAUCAUGUUCACAAAGAGAUACCUGGAGCCGAGCGUCUGCAGGAGCCCCACGGCAAUCAUCUGAUGAGAUCAGUGGGACACCAGAAGAAGAAGAAUGAGCCCGACUGUUUUGGAGGGAAAAAACCCAAAGAGGAAUGGUUCAAUCAAGGUUGGAAAAAUGGAUUAAUGGACAGAAAGUACGGUACAUUGGAUUUACCAAAAUGUACAGAACAAAUGAAAGGACUGGAGCUGCUGUAUCAGCCUGAGGUGGUGAGGCUCUACCUCUCUCUUCUUACCUGCAGUCACAACCACAACACCCUGGAGGCAGCCGGGGGGGCCCUGCAGAACCUCGCUGCGGGACAAUGGGCUUGGUCCAGCUUCAUCCGGGCCACAGUGAGGAAAGAGAAGGGGCUUCCUAUCCUGGUUGAGCUGCUGCGCUCUGAUGCCGACAAAGUGGUGCGGGCGGUGGCUAUCGCUCUCCGUAACCUGGCGAUGGACCGAAGGAACAAAGACCUCAUAGGGAGCUAUGCUUUGAGGGACCUUGUGGGGAAUCUUCCUUGUGGGCAGCAGCACCCGGCCAAGAACCUUGAUGGAGAUACGGUGGUGUCUAUUUUGAACACCAUCCACGAGAUCAUCACAGAUAGCCCAGAGAACGCCCGAGCGCUCAUACAGGGUCAUGCAGUGCAGAAACUGGUGGCCAUCAACAAGUCAAGGUAUUCAAAUAAAUAG